UCUAAAACCACUAAUCACAUCAGUCCCAGAUUAAUUAAUUAGUCAUCAGUCUCUGAGUUUGUUGGGCAUGGUGGCGAGUUCUAAUCCAUGAUUAACUUAAUAACCUCCCACGUAAUCACGUAAUUAAACACACUCCCCUGUUUUCAUUAACCAACUAAUCCGAAAUUCUCUCGGCAUUUUUCACAAUCGCUUCUUCUUCUUCAGCGAGGAUGCCGGGUUUAGUCUCCGUCAAAACCCCGCCCGACUCCGCCUCGCCCCGAAUCGCCGUCCCGGAGCCCCAGCCCCAAGAAUCCGAACCCGCCCCGGUUUCCAGAACCCCUUCCCCCCACACCAGAAAACCGCCGUCCCCGUCCCCGUCCCGACCCAAACCCUCGCCCGCCCGAUCCAAAAAGCCCCAACCCGCUUCCCCGGAUACUAUUCUCGCCGAUGCCUCCCUAGACAACCCGGAUCUCGGCCCGUUUCUGCUCAAGCUGGCCCGGGACACAAUCGCCUCCGGCGAGGGUCCGAACAAGGCGUUGGAGUACGCAGUAAGGGCGUCCAAAUCGUUCGAGCGGUGCGCGGUGGACAGCGAGCCGAGCCUGGACCUGGCCAUGAGCUUGCACGUGCUGGCGGCGAUUUACUGUAGCUUGGGCCGGUUCGAGGAGGCGGUUCCGGUUCUGGACCGGGCGAUUCUGGUGCCAGAGGUCGGAAGAGGUGCGGAUCACGCGCUCGCUGCGUUCUCUGGGCACAUGCAGCUCGGGGACACGUAUUCAAUGCUAGGUCAGGUGGACCGGUCCAUUGAAUGCUAUGAGGAGGGAUUGAAGAUCCAGAUCGAGGCCUUGGGCGACACUGAUCUCAGAGUUGGCGAGACUUGCAGAUAUUUAGCUGAGGCGCAUGUCCAAGCAAUGCAGUUUGAAAGAGCAGAAGAAUUGUGCAAGAAAACUCUUGAAAUUCACCAUGCUCAUAGUGAACCAGCAUCUCUUGAAGAGUCAGCUGACCGCCGGCUGAUGGCUCUCAUAUGCGAGUCGAAGGGAGAUUAUGAAUCAGCACUUGAGCAACUUGUCCUCGCCAGCAUGGCAAUGAUUGCAAAUGGGCUAGAAAAUGAGGUUGCUGCUAUUGAUGUCAGCAUAGGUAACAUUUAUAUGUCUCUUUGUCGCUUCGAUGAGGCUGUCUUCUCCUAUCAGAAGGCACUCACCGUUUUAAAGUCAUCAAGGGGUGAUAACCACCCUUCUGUUGCCUCUGUCUUUGUACGCCUUGCUGACCUAUAUCAUAGGACUGGAAAGCUCCGAGAGUCCAAAUCAUACUGUGAGAAUGCCCUGAGGAUUUAUGUGAAACCUGUGCCUGGAACAACGGCAGAAGAGAUUUCUGGUGGAUUGACUGAAAUUUCAGCCAUUUACGAGUCAAUGGAUGAGCCUGAGGAGGCACUUAAGUUAUUGCAGAAGUCGAUGAAGUUGUUAGAGGGUAAACCAGGACAGCAAAGCACAAUUGCUGGAAUAGAAGCACGGAUGGGAGUGAUGUUUUGCAUGCUCGGGAGAUAUGAAGAAGCAAGGAACUCUUUUGAAAGCGCUGUAACAAAACUUAGAGCUAGUGGAGAGAAGUCGCCCUUCUUUGGGGUUGUAUUGAACCAGAUGGGUUUGGCUUGUGUUCAAUUGUUCAAGAUAGAUGAGGCUGCUGAGUUGUUUGAAGAAGCGAGACGGAUAUUAGAACAAGAAUGUGGUCCUUGUCAUCAGGAUAGUCUUGGAGUAUAUAGCAAUCUUGCAGCAACCUAUGAUGCUAUGGGGAGAGUUGAAGAUGCAAUUGAAAUUCUGGAGUACGUUCUUAAAUUGCGAGAAGAAAAGCUUGGAAUUGCAAACCCGGAUUUUGCAGAUGAGAAGAGAAGGCUAUCCGAGCUUCUGAAAGAAGCCGGUAGGACCCGAGACAGAAAGGCAAAGUCACUGGAAAACCUCAUUGACUCAAACUCGACCUCGAAGAAGACAAGGAAAGAGGGGACAAAGAGGUGGGGUGCGUUAAGUUUCAAACUUUGAAGGAAAAAACAAGGGAAGAUUUAUCCACCAACAAAAAAAAAAAAAAAAAAAAAAAAAAAAAAAAAAAAAAAAAAAAAAAAAAAAAAGAGAGGAAAAAAAAGGAAAAAUUCUCCACUUUCACUCCAUUUCUUUCUGCUCUCCUGCACUUGCACAUUCUGUAACAUAGAAAAGCAUGUAUAGGUUUGAAGUUGUAAUUUGGCGAUGUUUUCUGUUUCUCGAGUUUUCAAAUUUCUCAUUAUUUUUCUUCGUCUUUGAUGAUGUUUUAUUGAUUUGCUGCAUUGUGAGCUUGAAGCUGGUUACUGAAAAGAAAAAUAUGCAUUUGAUGAAUAAAAUUCACAUGUAUGUUUUGCCCCUUUCUUGAA